AAAAAGUUUUUUUUUUUAAUUAUUAUUUUGAGGUCUUUCUUUUACUUUUUCUUCUGUUUUUUUUUUUGUAUAUCAAUGGAAGAACACACCAAUCGAAGAGGGUCAUUAGCAAUAUCCGCAUUAUUAAAUGACGAACCAGUGGAUUUAUCACCAAUUAUAUCAAGUGGUACACUAUCACCCGUCAUGGGGGGUGGUAGUCGAUCACAACUGACCAAGGCCAAAAGAAAACGCAUCUCGCCCGGUCAGUACAAUAGACUUAUCGAAAUAUUUGAUCAAACAGAUACCCCCAGUUCAGAAAUCAGAGAGAAUCUAGCAGAAGAACUCGACAUGACCAAGCGUGAAGUCCAGGUAUUUACAUAUAUUUUUUUGUAUAGAUUAAAUUUUUUUUUUUAACUUUUUCUGAUAGGUUUGGUUUCAGAAUCGUAGAGCCAAAAUGAAUCGCACCAAAAACUUAAACACUCGACAUCGGCAUUCACUCAUACCUGCUGUCUCGACACAUCCUUAUCAUGUCAAACCUAGAAGAGCAUCUGCCUAUCCCGUCCUAGAAAACCAUUAUUAUAAACAACAAACAGUCAUUGGACCCUACCCUUGCCCUAUUGCACCAAUGCCAAUAUUAGCUCCUCCACCUCCACCGCCACCAUUACCAUCAUCAUCAGCACCAAGGCAUGAGCGUAAGCCUUCUGCCAUAGAUUUACUAGCAUCUGCUGCAGAAUAUGUUCGAAC